AUGCUACGACAUCUUCGAAAGGUAAAACCAACAUCAACUACCAAACUCAUCGAUCUCAAAAUCAAACCUGGCGUUUAUCCUAUUAUCUUCUUCAGCACAAUCCCUGACAGCACUGACCUUGUGUUUGCAGAGAAUCUAGCCAACACUGUCUACCGCACUCUGCGCACAGUUUACCAGCUCGAUACCAAGAAGUCCGUUGAUUCAGACGUGCUUGACAUAGUCUUUGGACAGUUUCCGCUUCAUAUGGACCAAUGGACGAAGAAAAGGACAAUGGUGGAUGAAACUGCAGGCGAGGACACUGAUCAGUGA